AAGGUUCUGCAGCCCCUCCAUCCUCUGGAUUCAACGCGCCACUUUUUCACGUUUACGUGUCUAGAAAACAGUUUUGUACUUUUGUCAUUCGUGAAAUAAAUGUCUUGAAGCAUAAAGUUUGUUUUGUUUUAGCUGGUUAAGAGAAAAUCCCAACAUGAAGGUUCCACUCAGGCACCAGGAUGAACCCGUAGAUUUAUUUAAUCACUGAAUUUUGUGUACACAUUAAAUAUCAGGAUAUUAACAAAUUACGAUCGCGGGAAUUUAUAGAAAAGUCAACGGUACCUUUAAAUAAAGGCGGAACCGACAUUUGUAGGGACGACUAAAGGAGUCGUACACCGGAAGUACCAAGCACUUCCUGUUUUGGAGUAGAAAUCCUGAGAUUUCGCCUGUACUUUCAUGCUGGUAUUUUGGUGGUAAGGAUGCCGAAGGUGGUGUCUCGGAGUGUGGUGUGUUCGGACACCCGGGACCGGGAGGAGUACGACGACGGAGAGAAGCCGCUCCACGUCUACUACUGCCUGUGCGGCCAGAUGGUUCUGGUUCUGGACUGCCAGCUGGAGAAACUCCCCAUGAGGCCCCGGGACCGCGCGAGGGUGAUCGAUGUGGCCAAACACGCGCACAAGAUCUGCAACGUGGAGGCCGACGAGACCGCGUACAUCAAGCGGGCCGACGGCAUCGAGCGGCAGCACCGCAAGAAGUGCGCCAAAUGCGGCCUGCGGCUCUUCUACCAGCACCAGGACAAGAACAACCCGGCCAUCUUCAUCGUGGACGGAGCCGUCGUCAAGUUCGGUCAGGGCUUCGGGAACACCAGCGUCUACAGCCAGAAGCAGCCCGAGGCCCCCAAGAAGGUCCGCGUGAUGAUGACGAAGAGGACCAAAGACAUGGGCAAGUUCAGCUCCGUCACCGUGUCCACCAUCGACGAGGAGGAGGAGGAGAUCGAGGCCCGGGAGGUGGCCGACUCCUACGCGCAGAACGCCAAGGUGAUCGAGAAGCAGCUGGAGCGGAAGGGCAUGAGCAAGAGGAGGCUGCAGGAGCUGGCCGAGCUGGAGGCCAAGAAGGCCAAGAUGAAGGGCACGCUGAUCGACAACCAGUUCAAGUAGAUCCUGGGCGCGAAGAGGGCUCACUCGGACGGAUUUUCGUUCGGAUUAAUGCCAGCAGGACAGAGGAUCUUUGAAGAGUUGGACACGAUGCUUGUAAAUGUAUUUUGUACACAAAUAAAAGUUUGAAAUAUUGUUUGUAAUCAAA